AUGGCUCUGGAGCUGACGGGGAAGGAAGAGCGAGUGAUCCCUCUCAGGUCCCUAACUUCUCCUCUCGUUUGUUUGCUUUGCUGCAGGAAGUUUGAAUUGUACAGCAUGGCAUGGAACCUGAAGGAGGAUCUGCGGGAUUGCCUGGUGGCUGCUGCACCUUAUGGGGGCCCCAUUGCUUUGCUGAAGAAUAACUUCAGGAAAGAGAAGUCACCUGGUUCCCGACCGCUGCUGGAGAUCUACUCGGCCUCGGGCGUUCCCCUGGCCAGCGUUCUGUGGAAGAGCGGCCAGGUGGUGCAGCUGGGUUGGACUGCCAGCGAGGACCUGCUCUGCAUCCAGGAGGAUGGCACCGUCCUCAUCUACAACCUCUUCUGUGAAUUCAAGCGACACUUCAGCAUGGGCAACGAGGUCCUGCAGAACCACGUGCGGGAGGCGAAGGUUUUCCACACGGAGUACGGCACAGGCGUGGCCAUCCUCACCGGAGCGCACCGCUUUUCCCUCACCACCAACAUCGACGACCUCAAGCUGCGCAGGAUGCCGGAGGUACCAGGUCUGCAGAAGCUCCCCUCCUGCUGGGCCGUCCUGUCCCAGGACAGAGUGACCAUCAUCUUGUUAGCCAUUGGCCAGGACCUGUACCUCCUGGACAACACGUCCUGCUCCGUGGUGACUCCACCUGGCAUCAGCCCUCACGCUGGCGCGUACGUGCAGAUGGCAGUGUCCUUCAACUACUGCUACCUGGCCCUGUUCACCGACACGGGCUCUAUCUGGAUGGGGACGUCCUCCUUGAAGGAGAAGCUGGGUGAAUUCAGCUGCGAUUUCCGCACUCCGCCCAGACAGAUGGUUUGCGGAGAGCGUAGGUUCAUUCUGGACGAGGAUUCCUACCUGGUGCCGGAGCUGGACGGGGUGAGGAUCUUCUCUCGUACCACGCAUGAGUUCCUGCACGAAAUCCCCGAGGCCAGCGAGGAGAUCUUUAAAAUCGCUUCCAUGGCGCCUGGGGCUCUCCUGCUGGAAGCACAGAGAGAGUAUGAGAAACAGAGCCAGAAGGCGGACGAGUACCUGCGGGAGAUCAAGGACCAGAAUCUGCUCGCGGAGGCGGUGCGGCAGUGCAUCGAGGCGGCUGGCUACGAGCAUGAGCCGGAAACCCAGAAGUCUCUGCUCCGGGCCGCCUCGUUCGGAAAGUGCUUCCUCGACAAGUUCCCCCCAGAGAGCUUUGUGCGGACGUGCCGGGACCUGCGUGUGCUGAAUGCCAUCUGGGACUAUCAGAUCGGCAUCCCCCUGACCUUCGCCCAAUACAAACAGCUCACCAUUGAAGUCCUGCUGGACAGGUUAGUUCUGCGGAGGCUGUACCCCCUCGCCAUCAAAAUCUGCGAGUACCUGCGCCUGUCGGAGUUCCAGGGCGUCAGCAGGAUUCUGGCUCACUGGGCCUGCUACAAGGUGCAGCAGAAGGACAAGUCUGAUGAGGAGGUUGCACACGCCAUCAAUCAGAAGCUGGGCGACACCCCUGGCAUUUCGUACUCGGAGAUAGCUGCCCGGGCAUACGACUGUGGCCGGACGGAGCUGGCCAUUAAGGUGCUGGAGUACGAACCCAGGUCCGGGGAGCAGGUCCCGCUGCUGCUGAAGAUGAAAAAGAGCCAACUGGCCCUGAACAAAGCCAUUGAGAGCGGAGACACAGACCUAGUUUACACCGUCGUGUUGCACCUGAAGAACGAACUGAAUCGUGGCACUUUCUUCAUGACGCUGCAGAAGCAACCGGUGGCUCUGAGUCUCUACCGCCAGUUCUGCAAGCACCAGGAGCUGGAGACGCUCAAGGACCUGUACAACCAGGACGACGAUCACCAGGAGCUGGGGAACUUCCACGUCCACUCCAGCUACUCCAGUGAGAAGCGGAUCGAGGGGCGUGUAGCAGCGCUGCAGAACGCAGUGGACGAGUACUACAAGGCCAAGAACGAGUUUGCUGCCAAGGCCACAGAGGAUCAGAUCAAACUGCUGCGGAUGCAGCGCCGCUUGCAGGAUGAGCUGGACAAACCCUACGUAGAUUAUUCCCUGCACGACACCGUCUACGGCCUCAUCCUGGACGGCAACCACAAGCGGGCGGAGCAGCUGUACCGCGACUUCCGAAUCCCCGACAAGAGGUUCUGGUGGCUGAAGAUUGGCGCCCUGGCCGAGCGGGAGGACUGGGAGGAGAUGGAGAAGUUUUCCAAGAGUAAGAAGUCGCCCAUUGGGUACCUGCCCUUUGUCGAAAUCUGCAUGAAACAUCACAACCGCCACGAGGCCAAGAAGUACGCUGCCCGCGUGACCCCGGAGCAGAGGGUCAAGGCCCACAUCCUGGUGAGAGAGUUGGACCAAGCUGCCGAUGCUGCCAUUGAGCACAAGAAUGAGAACGAGAUGAACCUCGUCCUGUCCAAGUGCACUGCGGCCACUGACUCCUCCGUCGUGGAGAAGAUCAAUCGCGCCAAAGCUCAGAUCCUGAAAAAAUAACCCCUCCCGCCGUGCGGCCGCCCCCUCGCAGCAGCCUGCUGUGAACCGGCCUUCUGUAUGUUCCCGAGGGGUAGGGGACACAGUCUUGGUGCUGAUGUUACAAGGACAGGAGGCCUGGAGCUUCUCACACAUGCAGAUCCAGCCCAGGGGCCCACCAGCAUGACCUGGGGCCCGGUAUUGGGGAAUCUAAGGUGGCAGCGAUCCCUGUCCCUGGGGUGCGGUGGACUCCUGCCCUCUGGAGUUCAGGGUGCUUGGCUGGAGGUGGGAGAAGAACUCGCAUGCCGUGUUACUCUGCAGCUGGCCCCACUGGUGCAUCCCUGCUCCUGAGUGACAGCCGAUCCUGCUUAGCCCCCAUCCCUGCCCUGUGCAGGUGCAUGUACCAUCUUCCUCCCCUGAGCCAGCCCCCCCCGCCCCCCCAGCAGUUCUGCCUCUCCCUCUGCCAGCACCACCAUCCUCCCUGCAGCAACUUCUCUCUCAGCACAAAAGCUGGUGAAGGAGCCACUGUUCAGCUAGCAAUGGGGCCUCUGGCAGGAGCAGCCUCCUCUCCAGCAUAGCCACAGUUCCAGCAGGCCCAGCUUCCCCCAUCCUGGUGGUGGGGGGAGAUUAGCUCA